AUUUACUUCAUUGAAGUGUAAUCACGUGCGAUCACUGCGAUCAUGAAUCAUCAGCCUAUUUAUUUUCUAAUGAAUGCACAUGGAGUGGCGAGUGCAUCAAAAUUGCCUGAAACAUUCCCGAAUAACCUAUUCACAUAUCAAAGUGUCAGGAUUUAAAUAUUUUAUCAAGACAAUCGAACAAAGUUCCAAGUGAAAAUAUUGUUAACAAAGUUUCAAGCUAAAAAGAAAUUAUCUCGAACGCCGAGAGAUUAUUUAUUUCAACGCAUUCCAUAGUCUUGUUAAUUGUUUGAUACUAUUUUUUUACUACGACUAGUCAAAGCUACAUCAGUAUACCAUGGAGAAGAAUGACAAAUUGCAAAUACUGAAAAAUGCCAUAAGGAGUUACCCCAAUUUUCCUGAGCCUGGAAUAAUUUUUCGAGACAUAUUCGCCGUGUUUUACGACAUUGCAGCGUUAAGGGCAUUAAAAGAUUUAAUCAUGGAACAUAUCUCGUUUCUUGAGGUCGAUCUGGUCAUAGGUUUGGAUUCACGUGGUUUUCUACUUGGCCCCAUGAUCUGCAUGGAGCUGGGCAAGCCUUUUCUGCCGAUUAGAAAAAAAGGCAAACUUCCAGGCAAAGUUACCCAGCAGAAGUACACAUUGGAGUACGGAGAAGCCACCUUUGAAUUGCAAACAGAAUUUAUAAACGAAGGAACCAAGGUGCUUAUUGUUGACGAUUUGCUGGCAACUGGAGGUUCCAUGACUGCGGCUAUAAAAUUGCUGAAAUCAGUAGGAGCUGAUGUAAUUGAGUGCUUAGUGAUAAUGGAAUUGACUUCGCUGAAAGGCCGAGAAAAGCUGGGUGUUCCUGUUCAUUCUUUCGUACAAUUCGAUAAAUAAGUGCAGUAUAUUCAUAGUACAAAUAUUCAAAAGAUGCACAAGUAAGCAUGAGUAAAGUAUUGUGCCUGUAACAGUAUGUAACGAUGUAUAUUAUACACUCUUGAUAUAUAUACACAGCAUUUAUAAAAAUAGAUAUUUUUUAAAUAUGUAUACAGAUAUUAAAUACUCGUAUAAUGGAUGGAACGGAAAAUUCGUGCGGAUUUUUUUUAGCAAAAGUCAAAAUUUUGUAUUAUGGAUCAAUACAUUUUAUGUUUGAACUUUUCUAUAAAAAUCCGCACGGAUUUCUCGGUCGGCCGAACAUAUUUUUAAAUUUGAUGCAUCACGAUAAAAUACAAUUAAAAAAUUUGAUUACA